AUGAAUGGAGCCCUCCCUGUGGGUGCUGCAGGCUAUAGGCAGGAACGUGAGGGCUUCCUGGCCAGCCACGACCCUGCUCCUGUGAGGAAGCCGACCCAGUUCAUGGAUUUCGAGGGGAAGACAUCGUUUGGAAUGUCGGUGUUCAACCUCAGCAAUGCCAUCAUGGGCAGCGGCAUCCUGGGGCUGGCCUAUGCCAUGGCCCACACAGGGGUCCUCUUCUUCUUGGUCCUGCUGCUGUGCAUUGCACUUCUGUCUUCCUAUUCCAUCCAUCUCCUGCUGACCUGUGCUGGUGUUGUUGGUAUCCGAGCCUAUGAACAGCUGGGACAGAGGGCAUUGGGGCCUGCGGGGAAGGUCGUGGUGGCCAUGGUCAUUUGUCUGCACAAUGUUGGGGCCAUGUCCAGUUACCUGUUCAUCAUCAAGUCCGAACUCCCCCUGGUUAUUGGCACCUUCCUGCACAUGAAUUCUGAGGGGGUCUGGUUCCUGAAGGGCAAUUUCCUCAUCAUCAUUGUCAGUGUGUUCAUCAUCCUGCCCCUAGCCCUCAUGAGACAUUUGGGCUACCUGGGGUAUACCAGUGGGCUCUCUCUGACUUGCAUGCUGUUUUUCCUCAUUUCGGUCAUCUAUAAGAAAUUCGAACUUAGUUGUCCUAUAGUCCACAAUGAAACAAGAGUGGAGGAUCAUAGCCCCUCAGACCCUCCCAUCCAGGGUCUCAACAGAAGCUGUGAGGCCCAGAUGUUCACGGUUGACUCACAGAUGUUCUACACAGUGCCCAUUAUGGCUUUUGCCUUCGUCUGCCAUCCUGAGGUCUUGCCCAUUUACACGGAGCUCUCCCGCCCCUCCAAGCGCAGAAUGCAGGCCGUGGCCAACGUGUCCAUUGGAGCCAUGUUCUGCAUGUAUGCGCUCACAGCGACCUUUGGAUACCUGACGUUCUACAGCAGCGUGGAAGCAGAGAUGCUGCACAUGUACAACCAGCAGGACCUGCUCAUCCUCUGUGUGCGCCUGGCUGUGCUGCUGGCGGUGACUCUGACUGUGCCAGUGGUGCUGUUCCCUAUCCGCCGGGCCCUGCAGCAGCUGCUCUUCCCAAGCAAGGCCUUCAGCUGGCCCCGUCAUGUGGCCAUAGCUCUGAUCAUCCUUGUCUUGGUCAACGUCCUUGUCAUCUGUGUGCCGUCCAUCCGCGACAUCUUUGGGGUUAUCGGGUCCACCUCAGCUCCCAGCCUCAUCUUCAUCCUUCCCAGUGUCUUCUACCUCCGCAUUGUACCCUCUGAGGUGGAGCCCCUCUACUCCUGGUGGAAGAUCCAGGCUUUGUGCUUUGGCAUCCUGGGGGUGCUCUUCAUGGCGAUCAGUCUAGGCUUUAUGUUUGCCAAUUGGGCCACAGGCCAGAGCCAUGUGUCUGGACACUGACCACGCCCUGCCCAGCCCAGGCCCCUGUGCACACGUGCCUGUGCAUGUGGAGGAAGAUGGGACCACUCUC